AAAAAUGAUACAAUUGACAUAAGGAAAUAUACGAGGAGGCAGCGGAAAUAUUCACUGGGACACAGUGUAAAAUGGCUUCAGGAAGAGGGGUGGCAGCAAAAGAGAACAGAGAGAGUGCAGUAAAAGGAAGUUUGUUGACAGCUGAAGAUAAUAAACUUAUAACCUGCAAUAAAAUUGCACAAAUAGGCUGUUCAAACAGACUCUAAGGUAGCCUGGCGUCACCAGGGUAAACAGCUAAGGGUUGUAUUACAAAAAAAAAAAAGAAUCAUAAAGCAUGUUGUGUGUUUUACCGAUUUUAUUGUUACUUUCUUCUACUGCAGGAUCUCAUAAAAUAAUUUGUAGCUUCAGUUUUAAAUAUAAAAAUGCUUACAACUUUUUGCCGUUGCAAAUAAAUUAGAAGAAUGCCAGGCAUUACACUUUUCAGUGGACAUUUCUGCACGCAGGGGAUCAUCGUGUUCUGUGCAGCACUGGUAUAGCCCGGGCACUAUAGCUGUACUCUGCUUAUUGAUUUUCUUUUUUUUUUAUUUUGUCACUGCGACUCACAAAGGCAUCCGGGAAUCUUUAAUGGUAAGGCUCUACAGCACAGAAGAUGAAUCCACUUCAAAGAAGCUCCUGCCACACAAACAUGACAUCAUCACACUUUUGGCUGUCGGUGGUCACUGGGUCACUACAGAGGAAAACCUGCAGCUGGAUCCUCCAGACAGCCGUAGCCUCUUCCUGAAAGGAGCCACAGUGUCUUUCCUGAAUGACGAGGUAUGGAAUAUGUCAAGUGCUCAUCAGGGAAAGUAUCUCCAUAUUAUGAAGGAUGUGAUUGAAAAGCUAUCCAGUGGGAUCUUCAGGCCACAGUUGGACAAUCCUGUUCCUUUAUAUGAAGCUACUGUUUCUAUGGAAAUGGUUCAGAAGAAACAAGUCCGAAAGAGACAUGUUAUUCAACUGUGAAGCCUUGGUUUCAGUGAAUGUCAGUGGUAACGUGCAUUUGUUCCACUGGAUCCAAAAUGCCUGUACAAGCCAUCUCUUGUUUUUUUAAUUCCCUGUGUUUGUAACAUGUGUAAAGAGCGUGCGUUUACAAACAAAACAAUCAUUCUUUGCAGUAUUGUACAUAUUGUAGUGUUGCCUUUUAGAGUGGUCCAACAUAGCACAGAAGUACACCUGGCUAAACUGGUAUUUUAUCAUUUUGAUGUUGUUUUAUAAGUUGUUAAAAACAUAAUACAGUAAUGAUCAAUAAGUUGUCAGAGAUAAUCAUAACAAAUACUGUACAUAGUGCACGCAUUACAGAUUGAUACUAUUAAGUGUUUUAAGAAUAUUCAGUUUCUUUAUCGUUGCUGAUAAUUUUUUUUUCACUCCAGUACCUAGUCUAUACAUUCCAAUGUUCAAAGUUUUAGAUCUAAUGAAUUGAAAUGCUUUCAUUGUUUUCAGACAUGUAAUAAAGUAUGAAU